AUGUCAAAAUCCCGUAGUUAGUCUUCCAUACCUGCUUUUUUAUAGAAAACCUAUGAUAUUUUAGAAAAUUCUCAACUCCAAGAUAUUGUUGGUUGGAAUGAAGAUGGUUCAGGCUUUUUGGUGAAGAAUGUGAUAGCAUUUCAGGAUCAAGUAUUACCAAUGUAUUUCAAACACAGGAAUUUCGCAUCUUUUGUGAGAUAGAUGAAUAUGUAUGGAUUUCAUAAAUCAAGAAGUGAUUAGAAGGAGAAUGAGUUUAUUCAUCCUCAUUUCAAGAGAGAUCAAAGAAAUCUAUUGAAGAAAAUAAAGAGAAAGUCUGGAGAACAUGGCGACGAUCAGUUUACCAUAAUGGAAUUGAAACCUCAUCGAAAUCAAAAUAUUUCAGAUAAAUAAAUACAACAGAUAAUGACCAAAUAGUCAGAGUUGGAGAAGGUGUGUAAAAUUCUGAUUGAAUAGAAUAAUAAAAUAUUGCAAUGCAAUUAGUAAUUGAGAAACCAAUUGGUUUAAGAGAGAUGUACUGGUAAUAAGAAGUUGUAGAAGUUGAAGGAUUAUUUUAUGGGGUAGUAAUAAACAUAGGGCGAUUGUUUACAAAAACGAAGUCUUGAGGAUUUAAUUUAAUCGGACAAUGAGGAGUUAAUGGUGCCUAAUUUGAAGAAGAUCAAAGGGGAGGAUUCUGAUAGCACUAUUGACAAGAUGGAACAAUUAUAUGGACAACCAACUUUGAUGUUAACAAACAAUUUAGUUGAUAAUGAUGGUAUGAUUCAAUUGCUCGAUGAUCAUCAAUUCAACGAUAUCUACUUUGAUUGAGCUAUAAUUAAAAUGCAUUGAUGUUAGAAACUAAUAUUAUUUUAAUUA